UAUUUUAAUUUCGAAAAAGGAAAACCAAAAAUAAUCCCCACAAGAGUCGCAACAUUUUCCUUGAUUUUGUGCAACUUUGUGUUGGUUUCUCGGUUUGAUCCUUCAAUUCCAAUUCCAAAGAUGGAAAUGGAAAUUCACGCUCCCUAUAUAUCUGCACGCACCUCCUUCUCCCGCCAAUUCCCACCCCACAAAACCCAAACACUCUGCCAAUUUCCACUCUCACAAAACCCUAACCAAAAGAAAAGCCAUGCCAUCCCUACCCUGCCCAGGCAAAAUCCACUGCCUAGAGCUCGAGAAUUUCAAGUCCUACAAGGGCUUCCAAACCAUCGGUCCUUUUUACGACUUCACCGCCAUUGUCGGCCCCAAUGGCUCCGGCAAAUCCAACCUCAUGGACGCCAUAAGCUUCGUCCUCGGCGAUCGCGCCGGCCAACUCCGCGGCGCUCAACUCAAAGACCUCAUCUACGCCUUCGACGACAAGGAGAAAGAGCAGAAAGGCCGCCGCGCCUCUGUUCGCUUGGUCUACCAGUUCGCUAACUCCUCCGAGCUCCAUUUCACUCGCACCAUCACCAGCUCCGGUGGUAGCGAGUACCGGAUUGACGGCACCACCGUCACCUGGGACGUCUACAAUGCCAAGCUUAGGGAUCUUGGAAUUCUCGUCAAGGCUCGCAAUUUCCUCGUCUUUCAGGGUGAUGUGGAGUCCAUUGCAUCCAAAAAUCCCAAAGAACUUACUGCACUUAUUGAGCAGAUAUCUGGGUCUGAUGAACUCAAGGGAGAGUAUGAGAAAUGUGAAGAAGAAAAAGCUGGGGCUGAAGAACAAUCAGCACUUGCUUAUCAGAAGAAAAGAACACUAGUGAUGGAGAGGAAGCAAAAGAAAGAACAAAAAGAAGAAGCAAAGAAACAUCUACGCUUGCAAGAGCUAUUGAAAUCUUUGAAGAAAGAGCACUUCUUAUGGCAACUGUUCAACAUAGAAAAUGACAUUGCAAAGACGACCAAGGAGCUUGAAGCCGAAAUGAAAAGCUGUGAAGAUGUUAUAAAAGAUCUAGAGAAGUUUGAACAUGAAGCAGGUAAAAAGAAGAAAGAAGAAUCCAAAUAUUCCAAAGAGAUUACACACUUGGAAAAGAAGAUUGCUGAGAGAAGUAAUAAACUUGACAAGAAUCAACCUGAGCUUCUAAAAUUGAAGGAAGAAAUGUCUCACAUAAAUUCAAAAACGGGGAAACUUCAGAAGGAGCUUGAUGGAAAAAGAGAAGAAAAAAGGGAACAUGAUCAUGAUAUAAAAGAACUGAAGAAUGGCAUACAGGAACUUACUGCAAAACUAGAAGAUUUACAAGGAAAAGGUUGUGAUGGUGGGGAAAAACUAAAGUUAGAUGACAACGAAUUAAGGGAAUAUUUCCGAAUUAAGGAAUAUGCUAGGAUGAAAACUGGAAAGGAAAGAGAUGAGAAAGAAGUUCUGGAUAGACAACAGCAUGCUGAUAUUGUAGCUCAAAAGAAUAUGGAAGAAAAUCUUCAACAGCUAAAAAAUCGAAAACAUAAGCUGGAUUUGCAGCAUGAACAGAUGCGAACAAGACUGAAAAUAGUUUCUGAUACAUCUGCAAAACAUAAAUAUCGGAAGAAUCAACUGCAUGAAAUGCAAGAGAAGCAUCGAAUUGACAGAUCUACAUAUGAAAAUUUGAGGAAGCUUCUUAGUGAAACGGAAGACCAGCUACGUGAUUUAAAGGCUGAUAGAUAUGAAAAUGAAAGGGAUGCCCGGCUGUCUCAAGUAGUUGAGACUCUCAAACGCAUGUUUCAAGGAGUCCAUGGUUGCAUGACAGAUCUUUGUAGGCCAACACAGGAAAAAUAUAAUUUUGCUGUUACUGUUGCUAUGGGCAGAUUUAUGGAUGCAGUAGUAGUUGAGGAUGAAAAUACAGGAAAAGAAUGCAUUAAGUAUUUGAAAGAACAAAGGCUUCCUCCUCAGACAUUUAUACCUCUUCAGUCAAUUCAUGUAAAGCCAAUCAUUGAGAGAUUGCGGACCUUAGGUGGUACUGCAAAGUUGGUCUUUGAUGUAAUCCAAUUUAAUCCUGUCUUGGAGAAGGCAAUUCUUUUUGCUGUUGGAAACACACUUGUUUGUGAUGACCUUGAUGAGGCUAAGGUACUAUGCUGGAGUGGUGAGAGGUUUAGAGAAUCAGUUGUAACUAAAGCUGGAAUUCUGCUCACAAAAUCUGGCACCAUGACCGGUGGUAGAAGUGGUGAAAUGGAAGCAAGGUCAAAACAAUGGGAUGAUAAAAAGAUUGAAGAAUGUCAGAGAUUGAAGGAACGGUAUGAGUUGGAUUUGGAAGAGCUUGGUUCGAUUAGAGAGAUGCAGGUAAAAGAGGCAGAAGCAUCUGGGGAAAUUAGUGGACUUGAAAGGAAGAUUCAGUAUGCGGACAUUGAGAAGCGAAACAUUGAGGACAAACUUGAAAAAUUGCUGCAGGAGAAGAAAAAUAUUGAAGAAGAAAUCAAACUCAUAAACUCUGAACUGCAGAACUCAAAUAGUGCUGUUGACAGAAGGAGUAUUCAAAUUAAUAGGUGGGAGAAGGAUAUCAAUGAAAUUGUUGACCAUAUCUACAAAGAAUUUAGUAAAUCUGUUGGGGUGGCAAACAUACAUGAAUACGAAGAAAACCAACUAAAGGCUGCACAAGAUAUGGCUGAAGAAAGGCUUAGCUUGAGUAGCCAGCUGUCAAAGUUGAAAUACCAGUUGGAGUAUGAGCAAAAUCGGGACAUGGAAUCACGAAUUAAGGAGCUAGAAUCUUCUAUUAGUGCUUUAAAAAAUGAUUUAGUACAGAUUAAGUAUAGAGAGGAUAAAGCCAAGUCAACUGCAGACAAAGCUAGUGCUGAGAUCAUUGGAUAUAAGAAAGAAGUACAAGACUGGAAAACUAAGUUGGAGGAGUGCGAGAAGGAGAUGCAGGAUUGGAAAAAUCAGACUUCUAAAGCUACAACAAGCAUAUCCAAAAUUAACCGCCAGAUAUCUUCUAAAGAGACACAAAUAGAGCAGCUGAAGUCGCGGAUGCAAGAAAUAGUAGAUAUGUGUGAAUUAGAACAAAUAAGCCUUCCCAGAUCAGACCCAAUGGAGACAGAGUCCUCAACAGCAGGCCCAGUUUUUGAUUUUAGUCAGCUAAAUAGAUCUCUUCUGCAGGACAGGAGACCUGCUGAACGAGAGAAGCUUGAAGCAGACUUCAAGCAAAAAAUGGACUCCCUAAUAUCAGAAAUUGAAAGAACUGCUCCAAAUUUGGGGGCUCUAGACCAGUAUGAGGCUCUGAAAGAAAAGGAAAGAGCUGUAACUGAAGAGUUUGAAGCAGCCCGAAAAGAAGAGAAGGACAAAACUGAUAAGUUCAACUCCGUUAAGGAGGAGAGGUUCAGAUUGUUUAUGGAUGCUUUCAGCCACAUUUCUAACAAUAUUGAUAAGAUUUACAAACAAUUGACCAAGAGCAACACACACCCAUUGGGUGGGACAGCGUAUUUAUACUUAGAAAAUGAAGAUGAUCCAUUUUUACAUGGCAUCAAGUACACUGCUAUGCCCCCAACAAAGCGCUUCCGUGAUAUGGAACAGCUGUCUGGUGGGGAGAAGACUGUUGCAGCACUUGCAUUGCUCUUUUCCAUCCACAGUUAUAGGCCUUCUCCAUUUUUCAUAUUGGACGAAGUUGAUGCUGCAUUGGAUAACUUAAAUGUGGCUAAGGUUGCUGGAUUCAUUUGUUCAAAAUCAUGUGAAGGGGCCAGGGGUAAUCAAGAUGCUGAGGGAGGCAAUGGAUUUCAAAGUAUUGUGAUAUCAUUGAAAGAUAGCUUUUAUGACAAGGCUAAAGCUGUGGUUGGGGUUUAUAGGGAUGCCGAGAGAAGCUGUUCAAGAACCUUGACAUUUGACCUGACCAAGUACCAGGAAUCAUGAAAGCAUUUGGAGCUGCAGCUGGUCAAUGGCUUGAUCUAUAAAUAUUUCGUUUACUUUUAUUCCUAAAAUUACUGUAAAUAUGACUAAUUUGCAUUGCAGUUGGUGUUCUGUUCUUAUUAGGCUUCUAAAGAUCACUGGUUUAUCUGGUUUCUUCAAUGCCUCUGUCCAGCAAUUUGCAAAGAGCCAAAGACAAUCUCACUCACCAGCCAAUUAGAUAGCCCUUAUUUUGAAAUAUAAUUGGAUAAAUUUGGCGUUUGGUUCCUAUUAGGAAUCUAAAGAUCACUGGAUUAUCUGAUUCUAUUGAUGUCUGUCUAGCGAUGUGUGGUAAUGUCACUCACCAGCCAAUCAAAUUGAUCUUAUUUUGCAACAUAUUGGAUAAUCUCUAGUUAUAAGCUUUCUUGCAUUUUAUCUGGACAUUUGUCAUGGUUUGAUUCGUUCUAUCUUGAUAGAAAGAUUCUUGAAAUCAUAUCAUUUAAAUAUAAAAUGCGCUCAUAGCAGACCCAAAACGAAUAGCAAGAGCAGGACCCAGAAUUGAUGUGCAUUCAAAAUUAUAGUCGCAAGCAAGUUAUGCUAUGUUCUUUGGUAUUAUCUGGUAUUGCUAACGAAAAAAGGAGUAUGUUUCCCUCUUGAAAAUGCCAGGGGUGUGCACCCACAGUAUCAGGUAUAGCUUGUGAAAUCUCCAGCACCAUGCUGGCACAAGCUCAAGGAGAAAAGGUGGGAAACCCUGCUGCUUGCACGGUUUGGCUGGUUCUUUGAUUCCUCUCAUGGGAGCAGCUGUAGUCGUUUUUCUUAUCCGAUAGCAUUGGAUAGCGCUUAUGUUUUGAUAUUUUCUUUUUUGUUACAUGACAUUUGUCAAAUUUUGAUUCGGGUUUUGAUUUUUAGAGAUAAAGGUGGGUUUUAAUUUUGUGAAAUCUUUGUGAAUACAUGGCUACGAAGUAUUCUUAACUUUGGUACUAAUUAGCCUCAAACUUUUCAUGUCAGCAAACCUUUUGGCUUUUUGGCUACUUUGUUUUGCUUUCCGUAGAAUCUGGUGUCCCAUCACCUUUUGUCUUGAGGUGGGCUUAUUUUGCAGAUUGAAAAAAAAAAAAUCAAAAGAUUAAAAGAAAUUGAAAAUUUGAAUUUUAUUUGUGAGUGUUUUGGAGGUAUUGCACUUGCACACUGAUAGGUGGGGCUAGCAUCAUGUGGUGUAAAUCUUUUUUUUUGGGAAUAAUUUUGAUAGUUUGGGAGGGGGAUUUUAAUUUAGACUUCUCCAUUGUAAACACUAAAAAGUUUUAGUUUAGUUUCAAGGCUUUUUGUCUAAGUCUAAGGUGGUUAAAAUUGAUAUAUUACAUAGGAUUGGUUGAUUAUGUUACAUAUUGGAUUGUAGAAUUAGAUUGAAGAUUACAAGUUCUUGAAGAAUAUAGGAUCCUAUUUUUCAUUAAAGAUAACAUUGAUAAUGAUUGUGCAUAAUAAAUAAUCAUAAUGAAUUAUUAAUGAAAAUAGUUUAAAUUAAAUGUAGCGUUUAUUAAUACAGAUUAAAAUCUUUCAUUGUUUGGGUUCUUCUGAUUUAUGUCAUGUUAAGAAUGUGUGCUUUUCUGUAUUUAUAAAUGUGCUAGGAAGUUUUUGACUUAACAUUGUAAUCGAGUUGUAGUGUGACUUCUCACCUUAAUCCCCAGAUAUGUGUAUAGAUGGAAGAUAAAUGGGAACUGAUUGAAGUUCUUGUGCUAACGCAGGAAGAUCUUACACUAAGCAUGUUUAAGAAUUGCAAGCAAUCACAGCCUGUCAUUAAGGCGAUUAUAGAAAGCACCACUGAUGAUGAAGGGAUGCUAUUUGAGGCUCUAUAUUUUCAUAAUGAGCUUGAGCAGGUGAUCUCCAAGUAUGAGCAAUUGGAAGCUGCUCAAAAGGCUGGAGAACAACAACCUGAAAACUCUGACCCCGUUAAGUGUGAGGACUUGGAAGCUGCUCAAGAGCCUGGAGGAAAACUGCCUGGGAAUUCUGAUGCCUCUAAGAGUGAGUUAUAAGCUGCUCAAAGCCUUGGAGGAAAUCUCCCAAAAGUCUCACGCAUCUGAGGCCAAAUCACCUGCUCUGGUAGGAACUCAUAAUGAGAACAAGUUGGUGGAUUUCCCAAAAGGAGAGUACUGAAUCAAGCAAUGAGAAAGAAAUGAUGAAUGAGGAAGUGGGUAGUGAGGUGGUUUUUGUGCCUGGAUGUAUGCUUUGUCAAUGUUUUUCCGGGGCACAUCCUCUAUUAACUCGUAGCUCCUAUUUUGCCAAGACUUGAGCUUCAAAUUAUUGUAACUAGUUGUUGAUUCAUGCAAUGCGUAAGAAUUGAUAAUUAUUUUGUAGUUGUGGUAUAAUAUAUAAUUUUGUGGAAAAUAAUUAUUUUUCAUUUAUCUAUCUCAAAAAAUAUAUCAUCAUUUUAUUA